GCUUCAGGCAAUAUGUCAUCGGUCUAUAUCUGGAAAAACCGCUACUUUCCUACGCUUCAAAAGUCAUCCACAAAGUCUUAAAACAAUGAGCCUUAUUAAAAAUGCCAUAUUGACGCAUAUCAUUAACAUAUCUUAAAUGCAUUUAAUGAAUAUCUCUUAAAUAAGCAUAGACUAUUCCAAAAUUUACGAGAACAGAAGAUUUAGUGUCGCUAUAAGAUGAAUUGUAAAAUUAUUUUCAGUUUGUUAUUUGUGCAAUUUUUCCAGCUUUAUACCAAGGGACAAUCUACAGGUCAUGGAGGUACGCGGUAUGUGGUUAUGUUUCCGGAUGGGAAUAGCCCGGUGACCAGGGCAGAACUUCUGAUAUCAACUCUACAGGACACGGAAGUGAGACUGACCUCCGGUUUUCCUGGUAUUGAUAGAGUGCUGCAGGUGAGAGCUAACGAGGGCGCUGUGGUCUCACUUCCUCCAGAAAUAGUCCUGAAUGGGAACAAGAGAGAGGAUAAAGGAAUCAUUAUUGAAUCUGAUUUCCCCAUCUAUGUGUAUGGCCAUUCUGGUGACGACUGUUGUGCGGGGGAGGGAUUUCAGGCUAUCCCUGUUGAUUUCUGGGGUAAGGAGUACUAUACUGCCACCCAGUACAACAGCACGGUAGCUGUGGUAGCAACGGAAGCCGACACGGAAGUGAGUGUCACAAAGGGAUUCUGGGGUGGCGUCACUUUUGAAUCAGUUUACUAUGGAAUGGGAGAAAACAUUACAUUCAAUCUGACGGCGGGACAAACUGCGCAGCUGCAAACCCCCAGCGGUUACCUGCUUGGUACACGGGUGUACUCUAACAAACCUGUUGGGGUAAUCUCGGGUCAGUACUACGCGUCUCCGUCCAGUAGGAGAGCCAAGUUUAACCAGAUGAUUGAAUUUAUCCCUCCAUCCAGCAGCCUCGGCACCGAUUUCAUCACUCCUCCUGUGUUUAAUUCUACCUACAUCAACAUAUACUAUAAUAAUCUGGGAGCCGACAACGUGAUCUCGACAAAGGGCAAAAACGUCAAUCUUUCCAGUAAUUUACAAAGGCGAGGAGGUUCCCGGAUCACGGCUGGUGCUGCCAACCCUUACCACGGCUCCAGCACUGAACCCGUCAUUGUGACGGCCUCACCUCUUACCAUUAGUCCCUUUAUGUUGUUUAUACCCUCUCUGGACCAAUACUCAAACAAUUAUAAAUUCCUCACCCCGACCAAAGCUAACCUGACCCAUUAUAUUGUUAUCAUUGUCAAAAGUCAAGACGAGAAUGGGAUCAGACUGGACGGGAACAAGAUUUACUCAAAAAUAGAGGGCGUGGACGUUCUGCUCAUCAAUGACGUCAUAUACCUCAUCAUUUCAGCGGAAGUGAGUGCGGGACAGCACCAGGUGACACACCAGGAUCCCAGUGUGAAGUUCGGUUUAAUUUUGUACGGUUUUGAUGACACUCAGUCCUAUGCUUAUCCUGCCGGACUUAGCCUGCCCUCCGCCUCGUCUCCGGCUGCUGGAAUGCCUCUAUAGAAAAGUCAGUCGGGGUCUGCCAUCAAAUAGGCCUAACUUCGUCAGUGCUGAAUGGCACAAAACAUUUUGUCGUCAUCUGUACAUACCUUCCGCCCCAUUUCUGAAAAAUUGUUACAACAUAGAUCAAAAUAGUUUUUAGUUUUAUAUAUCUAUCAUUUUUUAUUUUCGUUGAAAUUGUUCUAAUGCCUUGUUCUGUAUAUUAUGUGUCUACCAAUUAAAUAUAUUAAAUUAAAAAUUAACA